CAGGAAGUGACGGCACUGCAUUCAGAAGGAGGAGAGAAAAGCGAGAAAAGGUAUCAAGUCAAAGCAAAGAAAGCCGGAGGAACGUGGGACCGUGUCAGUAGAGUUUGUGGGGGGAGUGGACUGCGCAUGAUCUCCACAGCACCGGAGCAGAGAGGAUUUUUCAAUGGAACAAAGUUAUCAGCAGUGAGGAGCGCAGAUUCUACUCAGCGGCUCUGAGAUCCAUGACUGUGUUUACACUUCUGGAAACUAUCGGCGCACACGGCACCAUAUGGAGCAGUGACCCAUAAACCUGCAGCUUUAAAAACAUGGGGGAAAAAACUUAACGCUGAAGGAGGUGGAGGGGAGAAAAGUGUGGGAGACAGUUGGAGGAUAUGAACUCAGAUCUUGAGAUUUCGCCACAACUAUUUGAUCCGUCGGGUUCAGUUUUGCGUCUUUGGGGAUGUUUGCCAGUUGCGCCUCUGUUGGAGCGCUGGUCCGUCUCUGCGCCCUGGCGCUGCUGCUCACCCUGGGAUUGGGCUCAGAGCUGCGGGUUCGAGUCCGGCUAUCUGACGGGUUGGUGACCGAGGAGGUGUUGGAGGCGGACAGUGAGAGAGACUCGAUAUCGCUGGAGUUUAAACAAGGGGAUGGGACCCUCAUCACCUUUAUGGCAGACUUUAAACAGGAAGUGAAGAUAUUCCGAGCGCUGAUCCUGGGCGAGCUAGAGAGAGGGCAGAACCAGUACCAGGCGCUGUGCUUCAUCUCUCGCCUCAACCGCAAUGAGAUCAUCCCCAGUGAGUCCAUGGCCCGUCUCAGACAGAAAAAUCCUCAUGUCAUUCGCCUGGCAGAGGAGCGAAAAGGCCUGGAGCAGCUGACGAUGAGCGCCUCAGUGAACCUCAGCCGAGCCUUGCAGCUCAGCUCCCACAUCCACAACAUGUGCAGUGAAGCCCAUGAGGCCAUUUACACCAGGGAGACAGAUGUGAAAUACUGGUCUGAGAAAGGGGUAGACGGCUCAAUAUUUGAGGUCCUGCCUCAGACAACAGAGACACCCAGCUUUCAGGCCUGUCAUUCUACUAAAGACUUGUGGCAGCCAUGUCUCUGCACGUAUAGCCUGCGACUGGAGUGGUACCCAUGUAUGCUGAAGUACUGCCGCAGUCGGGAUGGCACAGGCAAAGGCAGCAGCUACAAAUGCGGCAUCAGGAGUUGCAGCAAGGGCUACCAUUUUACCUACUACGUUCCCCAGAAACAGCUCUGUCUGUGGGACGAAGAGAUGAUAAAUUAAUCUUUUAUAACAGAAAGGAGAUCUAUUCAAGUCCCAACCUCUGUUGAUAAAGGAAGGACAGUUGCCUGAACUCUCACAACGACACAUUAAAAUGAUCCUCAUCAUUACCUUGCCAAAAAAACUUACACUUGAGUGCCUAUUAAAGAAGAAUUAUUUGG